CAUCUGAGCGUACCAUAAGGCAUUAUAAUGCGAUUUAUUCCAGUCAUCCUGUUCCUUCUACUCGCGGUAUUGUCGCUAAGUCUAUGUGAGCCAAGAGCCAAAGCUCGAAGCCGAGCCGACCCGCUUCCAGUAGCACGUCCUGUACCAUUCAAUUUUCCCGGUAAAGGACUGUGGAAUCUGAUACCAUCCUUUUCCGAUUUGGUAAGAAAGGUCGUCCCAGGAGCUGGAGAAAUUUUCUUUUUGUCGAAAAAUGUUCUAGCUGGAACGCCAUCUAAAGUGGUAUCGUAUUAUGUUAACAAAGUUUGUGGGAUUGCUUCGUAUUGGAACGUUUUGAAACCGAAUUACGCUCCUCAGGAAGCUGAUCUCCAUUGGGAGUUGUAUUCAGAUAACAGCGUGGUUUCGGCCCCACUGAAAGAUCCAUCCCCUUUUAUUGAAAGUAAAGGGUUCAAUCCGGAUUUGAACAUAACAAUUUUAGUAACAGGAUGGGAGUCAUUAGUAAGUGAUAAGCUUGGGGAAGAUGUUAUUGAUUCUAUGCGAAAAGCUUACAGGCAGCGGGAAACUGAAAAUUUAAUUGUUUUUGAUGCUGGUCGCUUUGUAAACUCUCUAUACAGAUGGGCUACUUUGAAUGCUUUGUGGGUAGGCGAAGUUCUGGGGAAUGCGCUCGUUCAUUUGAGUAAAAAGGUGAAUAACCCUCGAAUUCAUCUGAUUGGACACAGUGUGGGGGCUACGAUUGUUGGUGUGGCAGGAAGGCGCUACCAUGGCUCAACUGGAGAAUAUAUUUCUCGAAUUACUGGCUUGGAUCCAGCUAUGCCUUGCUUGGACGCCAGUAUUGGUCUUCGAAAAGGAGAUGCUACGUUCGUUGAUGUUAUCCAUACCAAUAGCGGAGUACUGGGCAAACGUGAACCAAUAGGUGAUGCUGAUUUCUACCCCAAUGGACCAGUUGCUUUACCACCGGGUUGUUUGAAUGUUGUGUGUGCCCAUUUCAGGGCAGUUAGUUACUAUGUAGAAUCAGUUCAACCAGGAUCAGAAGAUAAUUUCCUGGCUAUAAGAUGUGGAUCAAUCGAUGAAUAUAAUACGAAGAAGUGUAGUGGAAAGCGUAUUCCCAUGGGUUAUUCAACGCCAUCGUAUGUAAGAGGUACCUACUACUUGGAGACUAACGCGAAAUCUCCAUAUGGACAAAAUAGUGUUUAAUUUGAAGUUGAAAUGAAAAAAUUGUUUUGUAAUAAAACUUGAUAAAUUUAAAUAUUUUUUAAUA